UGCGCGCACUGGACUUUUUCAUAAUUUCAAAAAAAGCGUAUGCACUUGUGUCGUGCAUUGACACAUGAACAUAAACAAAUCAUCUUGAAGUUGAGUUUUCAUGGUGGUGAGUGUUGUACAUCAAGAUGUUGGCUGUUCAUCUUGUUUCCUUCUUCUUCUCCAAACUCAAGGAGGACCCGACAAAGAAGGUGGACAGGUUCCUGUACACAAUGCGUCUCCAUGAUGACCAGCUAAGUGACAUCUCGGCUCGUUUCCAGGCCGAAAUGAAGAAGGGGCUUUCAGCGGAAAGCAACGCCGCUGCCGCAGUGAAGAUGCUGCCAACACAUGUCCGCUCCACUCCUGAUGGAUCAGAGAAAGGACAGUUUCUGGCGUUGGAUCUUGGAGGCUCCAAAUUUAAGGUGCUCCAAGUUAAAGUGAGAGAGGGAGUGGGGAUUAAGAGGGGAGAGGUGGAGAUGGAGGAGAAGACUUACCCGAUACCUAAGGAGUUACUCACGGGAAGAGGAGCAGAGUUAUUUGACCAUGUGUCAGAGUCUCUAAAAGACUUCCUGCUUGAGAAGAACAUCAGCUUGGAGAAGAAACACCCUCUGGCCUUCACUUUCUCUUUCCCCUGUGAACAGCCCUCCCUGGAUCAGGGAUUAUUGUUAAGCUGGAGUAAGAACUUUCGGGCUCGAGGCUUCCAGGGGAAGGAUGUGGUACAGGGCCUCAGAGAAGCUAUUGACAGAACUGGGGGAAUGGAUAUGGAGGUGUUAGCUAUAGUUAACGACACUGUAGCCACCAUGAUGACCUGUGGUUUUGAUGACAAGUACUGUGAAGUUGGACUCAUCAUUGGUACAGGCACCAAUGCAUGCUACAUGGAGGAGCUUCGUCACGUUGGCCUGGUGGAGGGAGAUGAGGGCAGGAUGUGUGUGAACACAGAGUGGGGAGCAUUUGGAGAUGAUGGGGCCCUGAAAGAUUACAUCACCGAGUUUGACAGGGAUGUUGAUGCAGCCUCCAACAACCCUGGGAAACAAAUCUUUGAGAAGAUGGUCAGUGGGAUGUAUCUGGGUGAGCUGGUGAGGCUGGUUGUGUUAAAGAUGGCUAAGCGAGGACUGCUGUUUGAUGGACAUGUGUCUGAUGCCCUGAGGACCAAAGGAAAAAUAACCACUGCACAUGUAGCUGCCAUGGAGGAGUACAAAAAUGGUCUGAGGAACACCAAAGACAUUCUCACGAACCUUGACUUGACCCCUUCACCUGAUGACUGCAUUUCUGUUCAGCAUGUCAGCACCAUUGUGUCCUUCAGGUCCUCAAAUCUGGUGGCUGCAGGACUGGCCGCCAUCUUGACUCGGAUCAAGCAAAACCGGAACUUGAGGACAAUGAGGAUCACUGUAGGUGUGGAUGGAACGGUGUACAAGACCCACCCACAGUAUCCUAAGCGUCUUCAUAAAGUGGUGCGCCGGUUGCUUCCUGAGUGCCAUGUCAGAUUCGUCUUAUCAGACAGUGGCAGCAGCAAAGGAGCUGCUUUGGUAACAGCAGUCGCCCAACGACUGGCAUCACAGAAGCGAAAGGUGGAUGAGACACUGUCUCCCUUCAGACUGAGCCACAAGCAGCUCCAGCUGGUGAAGGCCAGGAUGAGGGCGGGGCUGGAGGCAGGGCUGAAGAGUAAAGGCCCCACUGCAAUCAAGAUGCUGCCUUCCUUUGUGUACCGCACACCUGCUGGCACAGAGCGUGGAAAAUACCUUGCCCUGGACCUUGGAGGAACCAACUUUAGAGCGUUGCUGGUGAACUUUAAAAAAGGUCGGCAACAGACCCCACGACUCUACCAUAAGAUUUACACCAUACCGCUGGAGAUAAUGCAGGGAACUGGAGAAGAGUUAUUUGAUCAUCUUGCGGAGUGUAUCAGUGAGUUCCUGGACUACAUGGGGGUGAAAAACGCUCGUCUUCCUGCAGGCUUCACCUUCUCUUUCCCCUGCGAGCAGUCGGCCAUUGACACGGGCACAUUGGUGAGCUGGACCAAAGGCUUCAAGGCCACAGACUGUGAAGGACAUGAUGUUGUUGGCAUGCUGCGGGAUGCCAUCAAGAGACGCAAUGAGUUUGACUUGGACAUAGCAGCCGUAGUCAAUGACACAGUUGGGACCAUGAUGAGCUGUGCCUAUGAAGACCCUCAGUGUGAAAUCGGACUGAUUGCUGGAACUGGCACUAAUGUUUGUUACAUGGAAGAACUGAAGAACAUUGAGAAGACCGAACAAAAGAAAGGACAAAUGGAAACAGAACAGGGGGCGUCUGAGCAAGAUGAUGGGACAAAAGGAAAAGGGGGGGAUGCCGACAUACGAAGGAUGUGUAUAAACACAGAGUGGGGAGGUUUGGGUGAUGAUGGCUCUCUGGAUGAUAUCGUCACAUCUUAUGAUGUUGAGGUCGACAAAAACUCAAUUAACCCUGGAAAACAAAGGUUUGAAAAGCUGACCAGUGGGAUGUAUUUAGGAGAAGUUGUUCGCCAGGUUUUAUUGGAUUUAACCAGAGGAGGUUUGCUGUUCAGAGGACACGUCACUGAAACCUUAAAAAAACCUGGAAUAUUCGAAACCAAAUACCUGUCACAAAUAGAGAGUGACCGCCUGGCUCUACUGCAGGUCAGAUCUAUUCUCCAGGGGCUGGGGCUCGACAGCACCUGUAAUGACAGCAUCAUUGUAAAACAGGUAUGUGGGGCAGUGUCACGUCGUGCAGCUCAGUUGUGUGGGGCAGGAAUGGCGGCUGUGGUCGACAAGAUCAGAGAGAACCGAGGACUGGACCAUCUCAACAUCACUGUAGGGGUGGACGGCGCACUCUACAAACUACAUCCACAUUUCUCUGGAGCCCUCCAAGAAACUGCACGAGCUAUGGCUCCCCAGUGUAACGUGACCUUCCUUCCAUCGGAGGAGGGCAGUGGGAAGGGCGCUGCCCUCAUCACAGCUGUGGCCAGACAUAAGGAGGAGAUGUAACUUGACAUAACAUGACAAGUUGAUUUAGCAAAGGUUUUUUUUUUUUUUCACUUUUUGUCAUUUUUCUUGCAAUUUGGAACAUCAGAUUCCCUGUGCACUGCUGUUCUUGUCACUGCUAACGUCCUCUGUUGGUCUGGGUGACCUUCAGAUUGCCACGUGCUAUCUCCAAAACAAGUGGAUUCACUAGCAAGGAGCUUCACCUGGAAGUUCUCAAUCCCUUACAGACUUCCCUCCAGCAAACACAACUAUUUGUGCUUUGUGCUGUGGCCAGCAAAGAUGGAAGUACUGCUGACAAUGAUAAAUCUGUCCCUAGUUAUGUACAAAGGUCCCAUAUUUCACACUUUUCUGCUGUUUUACCUGAAGUUUUGACAUCCAAAAGAAGAUGUAUUUGUGCUUUUAAGUACCAAAAACAAUCUCAAUAUAGCUUUACAUCUCCUGUCCUACGUUUCUCUCUGGCGCUCAGCCAAGAACAGGGCAUUUUCUGUCGGUCUCUGAACCCCUCCUCUGAUUGACGCAUGAUUGUUUUCUGAGUGAUGCACAACCACUCUAACAACAGGUAAUGGACUUUAGGUCAGUCAGUGCUGAAAUGGGCCAAACAGACGGCCAAAUUCAGACUAAAAUGCUCCAGUAAAAUAAACUUUAGCCAUUGGUCUCUAAUAUUACUCUUUGUGCUACAAUAUACUGAUUUCCUGACACCCAGUGAUUUUCCAACUUUUCCUCAAUAUUUUUCUGUUAACAGAAAAGGUUAGGUACUCAUUUAGGUUAGUCAGUUAGUUGUGUCGUUUCACAUCCACAGCUGCAUGGUCACACCCUAAUGUUAGCUGUGCACUGAUUACACUCCUGGCCUCUGAUAUCAGAGCUGAGUAUUUAUUCGUAGUAAGUACGUAACUAAGACAAGCUUCAGUUUUCAAAAUGUGAUCAGACUGUACUUGUGACUCUAUGAAGACAAAAACUGAACAGUCUUUUCCUCUGUUCAGAUAUUCACACAUUGCUAUGUGUUGACGUUAGCUGAAUGUGUUUGUUAUCCUUCUGUGUGUGUACUAAAACUACUGUGCUACUACUUUUACACAUAAAUUUCUAUCAAUGAUUUGGUUAAUAGGUUCUUCACUUGACAAUGACAAGAAUUUAAUUAAUCAUUUUUCUAUAUUUAAUGCAAAUCUAUUUAGAAAAUAUGGUAUAUGCUAUAAUAAUGUGAAACAGAGAGAAUGUGUGUGUUGGAGUGUGUACGUGUGUGUUUUUGUUUGUCAGCAAUACUUCAGUAUUGAUGAAGGGCAGGAGGAGGAUAGGAAUGCCGCU